GUCUUCGUGUAGUUGAGUUCACACCGCUGUUUCUCUGGAGCUGCUGCUGCGAAUACAAACCUCCUGAGAGCCCAGCGAAAAACUUUUUAAUGGCGAAUGUGGAAAACAAACACGCGGCGGUCUGGGUGGCGCUGAAGAGGCUCGACCUUAACGAUGACAGAGUUACAGCACUGAGAGAGGUCCACAUUCCCAGAGGGACAAAAAUGACCACAGUUAGACAGAUCUUAGCCCAUUCGUUCAGACUGGACAUUGCUGAGGUGACAUUCAAGAUACGAAACAGCCGAGGCUUUUUAAUCCCUUUGAACAGUUGCAUACCAGUGAACAGCAAGCAGAUGCCCUAUGUCUUGGAGGUGGCUAAAUACUUCCAGCAUGUUAAUGCAAGGCCCAGAAGUAUCGCCAUGACAGUCAUUCAUAGAAGCUUGAAGUCAAGACUGCAGGGUAUUGUGAGAAGGAUUGAAAGGCUGGAGGAACUGCUUCCUCAAAUCAAGCAAAAACAACAUGACAAAAUGACAAAGGACAUUGACUUGUUGAACCAGAAGCUAAUAUUUCUUCACAAAAGAAUGCAGUCUGCUUGUAUGAUCUCCAUAAAACAGCACCGACCAAUAGAAUGGGAUGCUAUGGAGCAGCCACACAAGCGUAAGGUCUCCAUGCCUAAUGACAAGCAUCAGCUAGAGGGGCAUAAAGUCCCCCAGCAUUGAGCUCUAGAGCAGUGGAACCGUGUUCUCUGGAGUGAUGAUUUAGCACCAGCUUAUUCAUUUGAGAUGAAUGAGUGACGUUUGUGAUCCAGAACUAAUCAUCCAACAUCUUUACCUGAGCUCACUAAUACUCUUGCGGCUGCAAAUCAUCACAGCAAUGUUUCUACACUUAGUGUAAAGCCUUACUCGAUGAGCAGAGGCUGUAACUGCAGCAAAGAUGAAGAAACUCUGCAUUAAUAUCCUUGAUUUUAGAAGACACCCUGAAUGAGCAGGUGUCUACACCCACAUUUGGACAUACAGUUUGAUUGAAAGUGCCUAUUUGAGUUCAUAAGCCAAGUCACAGUUCAAAUUCAAAACAUAGUUCUAAUAUGGUAAGACAGAAUUAGUGUUUUAAAUGUGUAUU